AUGUCGAGCUCCCGUGUCGAAGAACUCCCAGAUGAGGAGCCAACUAAGAACGUCACUGCAGAGGAUGAGGGAUCUGAUAGCUCCGACUCCGAGGUAGAGGCUGGCGAGAGCGAUAUUCCAUCUGGAGGAGCUAUCGUGCACUCUCGCAAUGAGAAGAAGGCACGCAAGUCGAUUGCUAAACUGGGGCUCACUCGUGUUCCUGGAAUCACUCGAGUUACAUUGAGGAGACCAAAGAACAUUCUGUUUGUCAUCAACCAGCCAGAGGUUUGGAAGUCCCCAACCAGCAACACCUACAUUGUCUUCGGUGAAGCGAAGAUUGAGGAUCUCAACUCCCAGGCUCAAGCUUCUGCCGCUCAACAAAUCGCCGCCGAAUCUCACGACCACGCCGGACAUGACCACUCAGGCCAUGACCACGACCACGACCAUGGCAAGGGCAAGGCUAUCGACACUGGCGAUGACAAGAAGGACGAUGACGAAGACGAUGGGGAGGAAGUUGACGCUGAGGGCCUCGAGGAUAAGGAUAUUGAAUUGGUUAUGACUCAAGCCAGUGUGUCGCGGAAGAAGGCUGUCAAGGCUCUGAAAGAGAACGAUAACGACAUAGUCAACUCCAUCAUGGCUCUAAGCAUAUAG